CUAACAAUAUAUAUCGCCAACAUGUUGACUCUUAUUAUGGUUGAUGAAGUCGAUGAUGGAAGAAUUAUUGAUACUAGUAAUUGUGUUCGUACGACCAAUGAUGGUGAAGCCUUUUCUCCAUUGACUGCUUUGAUGAAUUGUGAGUCAAUGUUAGCAAAGCAAACUUUCAAUGACUGCUGCUCAGAUGAUAAGAUCUAUGAAGUCAUUAGAAAGGGUCUUGAAUUUGAUGAGCAAUUCAUCUCGGAAGAAGAUUCCGAUGCUGAUUAUAGCUGUGAAAGUAGCAGUGAAGAUGAAACAGAAGAUGAAGAUUCUGAUGCUGAAGAAGAAUGUCCACUAUUCCUCUUGGAUAGUUCAUUUUAUGGUAAAAGAAAUAGAUGUGAAUAUGAUGAUUACUAUUCGGAGGAUGAUUUUGAGGAUGAUCGUAAAAAGACUAGAUACUAAAGGUUGAUUAAACUUACAAGAAAAAACUAAAAAAGCUCCAUAAAAAAUACAAAACUUC